UAAAAACAGCGCUCGCUGAUAGUGGGCCGUGGCGUGGGGGAAUGCCAAGCCUCAUUAUAGAGGGUACAGACAGGCGGUUGGGGCAAUGGCGAGGGCCUGAGUUCACCCCGUUCACAAGAAUUAGGACAAUUUAAUUUCCUCGAUCAACAACAGUCUCAUUCUCAACGUCAGUGGAGCCUUUGCUCGUCAAAUCAGGAUGGACAGCUUGGAGAAGCAACUUAUUUGUCCCAUUUGUCUGGAAAUGUUCACGAAACCGGUUGUGAUUCUUCCUUGUCAACACAAUCUCUGCCGGAAAUGUGCUAAUGACAUUUUCCAGUCCUCAAAUCCAUACCUUCCCACCAGAGGAGGCUCCGUGACAUCCGGGGGCCGUUUCAGGUGUCCAUCCUGCAGGCAUGAAGUUGUGCUGGACCGCCAUGGUGUCUACGGUCUGCAGAGAAACCUUUUGGUGGAAAACAUCAUUGACAUGUACAAACAGGAGUACAUCAGCAGACCGUCUCCUGAGAGGAAGGAUGACCAGCCGAUGUGUGAGAUCCAUGAGGAUGAGAAAAUCAACAUAUACUGUCUGACCUGCAGCGUCCCCACUUGUUCAAUGUGUAAAGUGUUCGGCUCCCAUAAGGACUGUGAAGUGGCCCCUCUUAACAGUAUUUACCAGACGCAAAAGGCAGAGCUCACGGAUGGAAUAUCAAUGAUGGUGGGCAAUAAUGACAGAAUCCAAGGCAUCAUCAGUCAGUUGGAGGAGACCUGCAGAACCAUAGAGGAAAAUGGCAGGCGACAGAAGUCCAAUGUGUGUGAAAAGUUUGACCACUUGUACGCUAUCCUGGAGGACAGGAAGAGAGAGAUGAACCUGAAAGUGAAUGCUGAACAGGAAGAGAAACUAAAUUACAUACGUGGCCUUACAAGGAAGUAUGGAGAUCAUCUGGAGACCAUGACCAAAAUAAUGGAGACAGGAACACAGACACUGGAAGAACCUGAGAUGGCUGUUUUCUUACAGAGUUCCAAGCCCCUCUUUCAAAAAAUUGCAGAGGCAUCGAAUACCUCGCACCUGGAGAGAGUUGAGCGCGGCUAUGAGAACAUGGAUCUUUACUCUGUGAGCUUCAAGAAAGAGUGCAUGGCCCUACGCAAUAUCGACUUCGCCAGAGAUGAUGAUGAUGAUGAUGAUGAUGAAGAGGAGGAGGACGAGGAUGAUGUGGGCAUCGAUGUGGACGGCCGGGCAGGGCAGACAGCCUCGGGAGAAGCCGACUCACUGGGCCAGUUGAAGGAAACCCUACCGCCCCUUCUGCCCUCACAAACCCUGAGCGCACGCACACCCGCCACAUCAUCCUAACUUCACAAAGUGCACAUACCAACACAUAUUGAUCCAACGGUCUUUUUGCGACCUCUUCACAACAAUCACAGACCAGUGAAUUUCAGGUGCUGGUACUGUUUUUGUGUUUGUUUCAGUUACUGUUUUAGAUAAGUCAGUACAUGACUAAAUAUAAAUGUAGACGACAUGAGAAACCCUUCCAAGAUUUGUGGUGUUGUUUACUGCCUAGGGAGUAGUGUUCACGUUGGCACAGCAGUGGUAUUUGAGUUAUGAUUUGCUAUAAAUGUUCUGGAUUUCCUAUUAAUGUCAACGACGAAUAAAAGGUUACCCUUA